CUAGUGUCGGUGUCUGAUGUGACACUGCAAACCUUGCGAGUGAACUGUGCCCAAAUGACGAGAGAAAGGGGACACGUGUAAAACCCAUCGCCAUGGGGCGAAGCCGGAUGGUGUUGUGGCCAACCGUGCUGCUGGCCCUCAACAUCCUUCCGUGGGUUUCAGCUGGAUCGCCUGGUGGGAGCUACUUGGGAGACGUGAACGUUUCGGCCAUAUUGGACUCCUUUAGCGUCAGCUAUGACAAAAGAGUAAGACCAAACUACGGAGGCCCCCCUGUGGACGUGGGAGUGACAAUGUACGUGCUCAGUAUCAGCUCCUUAUCCGAAGUCCAGAUGGACUUCACUUUGGACUUCUAUUUUCGUCAAUUCUGGACUGACCCGCGACUGGCGUUCCGGAAGCGACCCGGCGUAGAAACGCUGAGCGUUGGUUCGGAAUUCAUCAAGAACAUCUGGGUACCCGACACAUUCUUCGUCAAUGAGAAACAGUCCUCCUUCCACAUAGCAACCACCCUCAACGAAUUCAUUCGGAUACACCAUUCCGGGUCAAUCACGCGAAGUAUUCGACUUACCAUUACCGCUUCGUGUCCUAUGAACCUUCAGUAUUUCCCGAUGGACCGACAACUUUGCCACAUAGAAAUUGAAAGUUUCGGUUACACAAUGCGAGAUAUCAGAUAUAAAUGGAACGAGGGACCGAAUUCCGUUGGCGUAUCGAACGAGGUGUCCCUACCCCAAUUUAAAGUACUUGGUCAUCGACAAAGGGCCAUGGAGAUCAGCCUUACCACAGGUAACUACAGCAGACUGGCGUGCGAGAUCCAGUUCGUUAGGUCCAUGGGCUAUUACUUGAUCCAAAUCUACAUCCCGUCCGGCCUGAUCGUCAUAAUAUCGUGGGUAAGUUUCUGGCUGAACCGUAACGCGACCCCGGCCAGGGUAGCCCUAGGCGUCACCACUGUGCUGACCAUGACCACUCUGAUGUCGUCGACGAACGCAGCGCUGCCCAAGAUCUCCUACGUCAAGUCCAUCGACGUCUAUCUGGGUACCUGUUUCGUCAUGGUAUUCGCCAGCUUAUUAGAAUACGCGACGGUAGGCUACAUGGCAAAGCGGAUACAGAUGCGAAAAAACCGUUUCCUCGCUAUCCAGAAAAUAGCCGAACAAAAGAAAAUCGCCGUUGACGGACCCGACGGGGACCACGCGCCCAAACAAACAGUGCGAUUCAAAGUGCACGACCCGAAAGCUCAUAGCAAAGGCGGCACCCUCGAAAGCACCGUCAACGGGGGCCGUGGAGGCGGCGGAUGCCGCGACGAAGAGUCCGCCCCCCCCAUACCGCAACACAUCAUCCACCCGAGCAAAGAAAUUAACAAGCUCUUCGGGAUCACUCCCUCUGACAUCGACAAGUACUCGAGGAUCAUUUUUCCGGUGUGCUUCGUGUGCUUCAAUCUCAUGUACUGGAUCAUUUACUUGCACAUCAGCGACGUGGUAGCGGACGAUCUAGUGCUCUUAGAAGAAGACAAAUAAGUGCAACACGUUCUUGAUCUUAAAGCUUCUAAAGACGAAGUCUUACUUUUAAGAUUGUCUCUUCCGUCACAGAAUGAACGCCAGCCGCAAGAAUUCAAAUCAUAUCAAUGCAGUUUAAGCACUACGUACUAGAACAAGAUAAGUCAGUACGACGACUCCAGAUAAAAUGUUGACUUAUCCUCUUCUAGUAUCAAUACCUUGAAUUGUCCUUCAAUAGUUUAUAACCCAACCUAGAAAACCAUCAUGUAGGUUAAGAACUAGUACUAGAAGAAGAUAAUUCUCCUGUCAUGAUAAAAACUCAAAAUCAAUGCUUUCAAAACAACCACUCUCCCUGUGUUCCUUGAAAUUUGCGACAUUGCUUUCUAUAGAAAAUGAUCUCUUUAAAAAGCAAUAAACCAAUUAGAGCAACACGUCUAAUUAUUGAAUUCCUAGUUCAGAAGACAGUGUUGACUUAUCCUCUUCUAGCACCAAGAUCUAGACUUGCUCUCUCAAAACCUUAACUUGCCCCAUAACAGGUUUUCUGGAUGACACGUCAAAGCCAAAAGCAUACUAGACUUAGGCAGUUCAUUCUGUGAGGAAGUGAAAAUGAACUUGAACUGAAGAAAAGUUGAAAACCCCGCACAAUUCUGCGGAUAUUUUGUAAAUAAACAACUCGUAAUCGGCAUCUCAUCGUCAUCAAAUCCACAAAAACACAAAACACCACCUCAGUUAAUUAUGUUCUAUUGUUAUACUGUUUUCAUAGUUUAGUUGGUUACUUUCUUAAACCAGUCGCUGGCUGACUGGAAGUAGAAUCGAUAGAGAUUUUGUUUGUUAAAAAUUAAACUCGCGAUAUUGAACAUUCCAUGUAAAUAAAACGUUCCUGUUUUCUACUAAUCGCACGUUAUCCCAAAAUAUAAUAAAAAAACUAGGAUAGGCAGCACGCACCUCAAAAUACUACCACCACCAAGUUGGCCACGAAUAAUAAUACAUUACAUUAUAAAAAUAAUAAAUAAAUAUAAAAAAAACCGUCGAGAUAUUAGCGGUGGAACGAAAUUCUAAACUGUAACAUAAUUAUUAUGUAAUUAAAUUAUAUAUACAAGAAUUUAGAUAGGAAAAGCGCUCGUAGUAAAACUUGAUCAUAGAUCAUCUGACUGUAAAUAUAUAUGAACAAAUAUAUAUUAAAUAUAUACAUGAAGAUUUAGCGAACCCGUACGUAUAUUUAAUCGGCCACUUUACUCCAUUCGCAGCAUCCAAAAUUCCGAAAUCAAAGUAGCAACGUUACGAUGCAAAGUUACUGAAUUAUUAUUAUAGCAACAAGGGAUUGAUAUUCUGCUUGCCAACAUAACUUACAGACAUAAUUUUAGAAUUUUUUAUACUCCAAAGUUCUGAGACUAAAAAUAGUGAGGACCAAAAUGUAUAAGGGAUUAAUGACCCAACAACAGUGAGUGGGGGACUGAAUAUCUGUUGUCCUGUCCUCUGUAUAGUCACAAACUUUGUGAAAUAUUUUGAUUUAUUUAAUAAUUUCAAUUUCUUAGUAAAGAACCUUGAAUGUUAAGUGUUAAUUUAAACCUAUAUGUGGCGAAAACCUUCUAUUGUAAGUAAAGACUCAAAUGUUCAGAACCCGCCAUUAUGCAGACAAUAUAACUUUCCGUAACUGAGUACUUUCUGAGCAAAUUCAAAAGCGCGCAAUUCAGUAAAGUGGCCAAAACCAUAAAAUAUAGCCAAAUUAAGCGCGAUAGCAUGGGUUUGUUCCCUCGUUCCGUAUUUUUGAAAAAGUAGACGCCAUUUAGCAUUGUGAAUCGUCUUCCUCGAACAUAAAAACACAAUUUUUUGGACAUCACCUCGGCAAUGGCAAAAUUUUUAAUAGACCCUUGUGAUAACUUUUGUACUUUUUGAACGGGGAAUCGACUUGUAGAGUCUACAACAAAACCCCAGUAAAACCUAAGUUUGCUGGGGUUCUGCCUGCGCUUUAAACACACUAAAACGACUCCUCAGUUUGUACACAACACACUACAGUUAAUAAUUGUAGCACACUGCACAGAGCAAGAGUCUGAAGUUUCGGAGCAAUAUUAAACAGAAAAAACCUUCCUUCUUAUGAUACUAAAAUUACGAGAGUUAACACUCACCCCCUGUUCACUCCAUACCCCGGAAUUCAACUUUUUUUUUCUAUGACAACCUAGCGGUAUGGUGUGAAGCGGGCCUUAGUGUUUGUCAGUGGCGGCGUCAAAAAACCAAGCGGGCAUCUAUUGCUCACCAUUGAAAUAUUCUAAACGAUAAGAAAAGAGUUGUAUGUAUAUUUGAAACAUUCCAAUUAUUUAUCAAAACAACCAACUACGUUCCGCGUAGAUAUAUACUGUUUGGCGUUUUUAUUU